AUGUCUGAUAAUAGAAGCGCUAUUAAGCGUGUCAUGAGACAGUGGUUCCCUGAUUUAAGCUUAUGGAUCGUCCCGAUUGCAAACAUGAAACUCUACCUCGCCACGGUUUUCUUCAUCAUCCCCGUUAUUAUUGCGGCACCACUCCCGAGCCCUCAAGCGGGCGAGGCUCCACCGAAAAUACCACUGAUCGCGGGCACGUUCGACAUCGUUAACGGGUUGCCUGUGGCCCUCGGGUUGCCUGAGAUCGGCGGACAGGUUAUACAUGGCUUCACGAGUAUUCAAAGCAAUAUGCAACUCCGCCUCGUCACGAUUUUCUUCGUUGUGCCCGCUGUACUCGCAGCAGCACUGCCAGCCCCUCAGGGGACCCAACCACCAAAUGACGACUCAAAUCAAAUUCUUGGAUUGCUAGGCAUCGUUCUCGGGACAGAUCAUCUUCCCGGCGGUCAAUAG